ACAGGGGUAUACCCGCUCAUUCCCUUCCCUUCCCUUCCCGCUGCGCAGAAUCGAACACCCAAAACCCUAAUGUAUCUGUUGGGUUACAUUUUGCUUUUUUUUUUUAAUUCUAUUUUGGCAUGCAUUGGUGUAUUGGUGUCUAUGUAGACAGGGCACAUCAUAAAGGGCAAGUAUGAAUUUCAUGUCCUUUUCUGCCCUAACUUGCAAUACGAAGAGAAUGCAUAACUGGUUUCCUACGGGUAAUACAAUUUGGAGUUUUACAUAAAAGUUUCUUGAAUAGGCAGCUGCGUAUUAUUUUAUUAAAUAAGAAAUGUUCUUUUUACAUAAAAGUUGGCCAUGUAGGAGAAUCUGUUACACUUACUGCAUUUAUAUUUUAUUAAAAGACCAAACAAAAGACGCCUUUUAAUAAAGGGCUACUUAUUUGCUAGUAACUGUUAUAUUUGUCAUGUCUUGAGGUUUGUCCAUCCUCCCUGCCUCACUGACCAGUGGAGUGAUGGGCUCUGCAGUCAACGGUAUUAAAACAAUCCCCAACCCGUGUCUUUCCAUUUCCCUCUCAUAAUUCUCUAGCUCCGCACUCCAGAUAACAGAUAACCGCGUAAACCCACAAAGGAAAUUUAUUUAGGCAGUCAUAACAACUUAAGGGCCAGCAAGUAGCUUUUUUGUGGGUACAAAAAACUUCCAUAGCACAUUAGAUAUAUUUGAUGCAUGGAUUUUGAGGGAAAAGUCACCUUAGUGAUCCAUUUUAUGGAAUCCGCGGAUAUUAUAUUUUGUUGACUGAAACCUUGCCUUUUUUUGGAUAAAACAUCUGGUGGAUUCUGCAUAGGAAAUCAGGUAUAUGGCCGCAACCACAGGAGUAGCAAUUGCAUGGAAUGCAUGUGCAUGGACAGCUUUGGGAGGAAAAAAACUGGCCAUCCUCUGCGGCAACAUUGAGACCCCUUUUGUUAGAGCUUCAGCUCUGCUCAUCAUGUUGCUUCUUGAGGGGCUCUACCAAACUUCAAACAUACAAGCUGCUACACUGGAGGAGCAGGGGAAGCGCUUCCGAGCUCUUGUAAUUUGUACUAGAAGGCUCGUAGCGGAAAUGACCUGCCCCCCAUCGGCAUCUCCCUUCGUUUCCCCCUCACACCUAUCUCAGCACUCCACGUACCUGUGGUUUCAAAUCUUCCACACAGAGGCGGCUAUGGAUCUUGACACCCCCCUGCUGUGUCCACCUGGUCGCCGCCGGAUCCUGAUGUCCUCCUUUCACCUCCCUGCAUGGAAACUGACUGCAAGCCGCCCAGCACCGGAACAGGUAGCCGAUCCUGCCUGAGACCUGAGUCAUCCACACCUGUUGCUGCCUUCUUCUUCUGGAAGUUUUUAAUCCACCAGAAAUGGAAGGGGAAACAGAAGCAAAAAAUGGUCCUUGUACUUCCAUUAGAAAUGAUGUGGUUUUCGAACAAGAUUUGGGUUCUUCGUAUCAAUUAUGGGGCAAUAUGAAGUUUGAGGAACAUGGCCAGUUGCUAUCUCAGGCAAAAAGGGAUUUGUCGUGUGUGGAUUAUCAAGCACGGCCUGUGGAGUCCAACUAUGUUACUGACCUUAGAUCACAUGCAUAUUCUGAGGAUCCAUCGCCACUGGGAAGAGAAUAUCAUAGGCAGAAGUCAUGUCUUCCUACUUCAAGCUGUUCUUGUGAAAAAUCUUCUGCAUUAGAAGCAGCACCAAGUAGCCCAGAUGCAUUAGGGCAUGCAUUGGGGAAAAUGAGAACCAAAAUCAACACCCUCAGUGCAAGGCCAGAUUAUUUUUCUUCAUAUCCUACUACUGCUUCUCACGUGAGAAAACAUCGAGAAGUUGAACUCGAUUAUGGUUUAGAUCAUUCAGAACAUUGUUACAGAAGAUCAGGCCGAGUUACUGCCUUUUCAAGCCACAACGGUCAAUCUGCAGGACAUUGCAAUGAGUUAUCGUUGAAACAGAUGGUCGAUUAUGCCAGAGGACACCACUAUGUAGAUGAUAUCAAUCCUGUUUCACGUCAAUGGUGCUUUGAUGAUGGAGGCCCUUCGCUACCAAGAGGGCUGCAGUAUGGCGAUGAGAUCCCUUCUUUGUCUAGUAAGAAGUAUGCACCUUCACGCUCAAGCCAAUGGCACUAUGGUCCUCAAACCCCAUUGUUCUCAAGAAGAUAUGAGUAUGGUGAUGAGAUCCCGUCACUUUCUCCAAAUUGGCGCUACCGAGAUAAGAUCCCUUCGUGCUCUGGUCAUUGGUGCCAUGAUGUUGGGCCACAUGCGCCAUCAAGGUACCGGCAAGGUGCUUCUCAUCGGAAUGGUCAUUCAAGACAAAAUUUUUCCAGGAUUAAUACCAAUGAGCAAGCCAAAGUUACCACAAGCAAACAUGCUUUUAUAAAACCUAGGAUGGUCAACAGAGUUGCAAACAGUAGUGACCACUAUAGGACCAAUAUGAAAGAUAAUCGCUGCAGAAAUCCAGAGGCUGUAAUGGACCAAGUUCGUGGGCCAAGAGCAAAUAAAUUGAAUGAUGCUUCAGCAUCAUCCCCUGUGAAAGAUAUCAUGAGUCCAUUGGUCUGUAGGGAACAAUUCAAUAGAUCGGACUUUUCAGUUCAGUAUAAACAGGCCAAGUUUUUCAUGAUAAAAUCAUAUAGUGAAGAUGAUAUUCAUAAAGGUAUCAAAUACAAUGUUUGGGCAAGUACACCAAACGGGAACAAUAAGCUGGAUGCUGCUUACCAUGAUGCUCAAAUUUUAAUGAAAGAGAAUGGGGAAAAGUGUCCUGUGUUCCUAUUCUUCUCGGUUAACACCAGCGGACAGUUUGUAGGGUUGGCUGAAAUGUUAGGCCCUGUUGAUUUCAAGAAGACCAUGGAUUUUUGGAAAGACGAUAGAUGGAGUGGUUUUUUCCCUAUAAUAUGGCAUAUUAUAAAGGACAUUCCAAAUCGGCUGUUCAGGCAUAUAAUUCUUGAAUACAAUGAUAACAGACCAGUUACAUUUAGUAGGGACACUCAGGAGAUUGGGUUGCUGCAAGGUGUGCAAAUGUUGAAAAUUUUCAAGGAUCAUCCUCAGGGAGCAUCAAUUCUGGAUGAUUUUGAUUUUUAUGAAGAAAAAGAUAGUGCACGCGGUGCUCAAAAGAGAGAAAAUCCAGAGUCAACACAUCAAGCUAGAUUCUCUGAAGACUUGGAGCCGAUGGGAAGUUUGGAGGCAAGCAUGGAGAGCUGGAGUUUGUACAACAAUUGGGACUAAUACACAGAUCGCCGAACAACUGAAAUAAAGAGCAUUAUGAGUUAGUGAAGUAGCUGAAGGAACUGACGCUCCUUUGGAGAACAAUUCCAAACAACAUUUGUCUAUACGGGUCAACUGUAACUGAUUUAUUGUUAUACAGUGUGUAGAAGCACAUGUGUAAUUUGUUGGUCAACACCGGUAUAUUUAAUUAUUUGGCAAGGAUUAAUUAUUUGCCAUCCUUGCCAUGGCAGCCAAGAAGAGAUUUUAGCACUCGGGAUGUCCCGAAACCUGGUUACUUGGAUAUUUCCUGAAAUCCGGUUACUUGUCAAAUUUGA